AUGGAGUUACCCAACCCUUUUAAAGGAGAAAGCAGGGGUUGCAAAGUGGUACAAUGGCUUGACCACAUGCUUCUGUGGGGAGCCCUACAUAGGGAUCAGUUCAAGGAAGAUGAGCAAUUGAUUGUGUGGAUCCUCUACCACAUGGAGGACAAGGCUGCCAAUUGGGCCCUUCCUAUCAUUGGAACCAUCAUCAAGGACAAGAUCAACACCCCUACCACUAUCCCCACCAUAACAGCCCAAUUCAAGGAGGCCUUUGCCAACCCAGAUGCCAAAAGAGCUGCCAGACGCAAGAUUGCCACCCUCACCCAGACCGCCUCCACAGCAGAAUACGUCACCAAAUUCUGCAACCUCAUUGUGGAACUUGACUGGAACAAGGAGGCAUAUAUUGCUCAGUUUACAUGCAGCCUUCACUGGAAGGUUAAAGAGCUUCUGUCCACAAAGGACAACAUCCCCAACAAGCUUGAGGCCAUCUUUGCUGCCUCCAUUGAAAUUGAUAACACUUGUUGGGAAAAUGAGGAGAAUUGUCCUAAGAAGCAGCCUGCCAAGUCCCUGGCCACUGUGGCCACCUCCACAUCCACCACUACCACCAGGGUUUGCCUAUCUGAGGACCCCAAUUACGUUACCCCAGAGGAAAGGGAUUGUUGUUGUGCCACUGGCCUAUGCGUUAAAUGCAGUCAAAAGGGUCAUGGGAUCAAGCAGUGCCCAAAUGGCUGGAAAGCCACUGUCAAGGAAUCCACCAAGGUGGCCAAAGAUGUGGGGUCAGGAAAAGAUUGA